AUUGAUGCCCUUUCUCCAAAGCUGAUCCCCCUGUUCAUCUUCAUAAGUGGAGGGGCAACCAUGAGUGUGUUGGCCCUGACCAGGGCGGCUCUGAAAAACCCAGACGUGUCAUGGGAUCACAAGAACAACCCUGAACCCUGGAACCAAAUGCAGCCCAAUCAGCAGUACAAACUUCUUGCAGUAAACAUGGAUUACUCCAAACUGAAGAAGGACAGGCCAGACUUCUAAGCCAUCCGUACGAGGAGCCUUUGCA